AUGGUUGAUCAAAUGUUAUCAAUUACUGGAAAAAGAAACACAGGAGAAUCUAUCAGAUCACAAAAUGUUAUGGCUUGUGUUGCUAUUGCAAAUGCUGUUAAAUCAUCUUUUGGACCUUGUGGUCUUGAUAAAAUGCUUGUAGAUUCUGUUGGUGAUGUUACUGUUACAAAUGACGGUGCAACUAUUUUGAAACUACUUGAAGUUGACCAUCCUGCCGCUAAGAUUCUUGUUGAACUUGCUCAACUUCAAGACGCUGAAGUUGGAGAUGGUACAACAACUGUUGUAAUUUUGGCUGCUGAAUUAUUGAAAGCUGCUCAGGAACUUAGCAAACAAGGACUUCAUCCAACUACAAUUAUAAAUGGAUUUAGAUUAGCUUGUAAAGAAUCUGUCAAAUAUAUAAAGAAUAAUCUUUGUGUUGAAACUGGAAAAUUAACUGAACAAAACAAAAUUGAUAUUGCUAAAACUUCUAUUGCUUCAAAGAUUAUUGGUGUUAACGAUGACUUUUUCCCAAAAAUGCUUGUUGAGGCUGCUGAAUUAGUUAAAGUUACUGAUAACUCUGGAAAAAUUACAUAUCCAAUAAGUGCAGUUAAUGUAUUAAAAGCUCAUGGACAAUCUGCAUCAGAAUCAACUCUUAUUAAAGGAUACGCUUUGAAUUGUACUAGAGCUAGUGAAGCUAUGCCUCGUACAAUUAAGAAUGCUAAAAUAGCAUGUCUUGACUUUAGUCUUCAAAAAGCUAAAAUGCAAUUUGGAGUUAGUAUUAAUGUAAAAGAUCCUGAAAAACUUGAAGCUAUGCGUCGUGAAGAAAUUGACAUAACUAAGAGAAGAAUUGAUAAGAUUCUUGCAGCAGGUGCAAAUGUAGUUCUUACAACUGGAGGUAUUGAUGAUCUCGCUAUGAAACAAUUUAUUAGUGCUGGAGCCAUGGCUGUAAGAAGAUGUAAGAAGGUUGAUUUAAAAAGAAUUGCCAAAGCUACUGGUGCUGUUUUAACAGCAUCUUUGGCUACACUUGAAGGUGAUGAAAAAUUCGAUGCAUCUUUACUUGGAAGUGCAAAAGAAGUAUCUCAAGAAAGAAUUUCAGACGAUGAACUUAUUCUCAUUAAGGGACCUAAAGCCAGAACAUCAGCUUCUAUCAUUCUCCGUGGUGCUAAUGAUAUGAUGUUAGAUGAAAUGGAAAGAGCUGUUCAUGAUGCUCUUAGUGCGCUCCAAAGAGUCUUAGAAAGUAACAAAAUUGUAUCUGGUGCUGGGUCUGUUGAGGCAGCUUUGAAUGUUCACCUUGAAUCUUAUGCUACAGCAUUAGCUAGUCGAGAACAAUUGGCUGUUGCUGAAUUUGCAGAAGCUCUUCUUGUUAUACCUAAAACUUUAAUCAUGAAUGCUGCACAAGAUAUGAGUGAUCUUGUUGCUGCUCUCAGAAAUUGUCAAUAUAAAUACUUGAAAACAGCCAACUCAAAAGAUGGAGAUAAAUCAUUGAAAUUUACAGGGCUUGAUUUAGAAAACAAUGCUAUUUGUAUACCAUAUGAAAAGGGUAUUAUUGAACCAAUGAUGUCUAAAAUUAAAUCAUUAAAGUUUGCAACAGAAGCAGCCAUAACAAUUCUUCGCAUUGAUGAUUUCAUUAAAAUUGAAAAAAUUGAAGAACCUAAACAUGAUGAAUGUCAUUAA